AUGGUCCAAAAUGAAACUAUGGUCGAACCCUCCUUGGGUUUUAAUUCCACAGAUACUAGCAAAACUGAUUCGGGAAAAGGCUUCUAUGACUAUUCUGGUUCCGAUGUGGCCGUCAGCCCCAUGGUUCCCGUUAUUAAUGAGCCUAUUAAUAGAUCUACCGAUAUUGAUUUGCUCCAACAACAUUCUUUGCCCAUCGUCACCUCCCCAAAUACACCCACUUCGCAAUCCACAGUGGAAACUGCUCGCUUGCAAUAUUUCCGGUCUAGGAACAAAGACAAAGGCUUUUCGGAUAAAACUAUUAACUUACUCUCAUCGUCAGUGGAUAAUAGAUCUUCAAGAACAGUGUCAUCAGCUAUUCGAGUAUGGGAGCAUUGGUGUAACUCACAACACGUCAAUCCCGUUACUUGCCCUAUAAAUAAGAUUUGUGAAUUUUUUUCUGACAUGUUGACAUUUGGAAAAUCAUAUAAUACUAUCGCUGGCUAUAGAUCAGCCAUUAGUGAAAUCCACGAACGAAUUGAUAAUUUCUCAGUUGGAACUCACUAA